GCCAGGGGCGGUCGCCGGGGGCGGCGCAGAGGACUCCAGCAACAAGGCGCAUAUCCUCAACAUCACGGAGUUGGGCCCGCAGGCGGCGAACUACUGCUGCACCGUCGGCUGGCAGUGCCGCGUCAUUGCGCUCGCAGAGACGCAUGUGGAUGUCAAAUGCCUCAGCGAGCUGCGCGGGAAGCUCGCCAUGGACGGCUGGAAGCCAGCUGGUGCCCCAGACCUACCGACGCAUAAAUCCGACAAGGGCACCCACGGAGGCGAGUGGAUACUCUCCAGGCAUGACGCGGUGGCCACUACCUUCGAGGGCUACAGGGAGCAGUACCUCAAGACCCGCGAGCGCCAGCCCUUCGUGGGAUUCCCCCCUGCCAUCUUGCACGCCAAGAGCGGCAGCGUCGUGGUGAUCGCUGCCUACCUUCGGCCUGGCCUCCGUGACAAGGGCGCCAGCAAGGACAUCCUCAUGUCGAUCUCCACGUUCGUGAACAUGCUCGCCGACCCCUGGAUCGUCCUGGCCGACUGGAACUGCGAGCCGCCCUGGUGGACCGACAAGCCGUGGCUCACCCGCUGGAAUGGCACCGUCGUCGCCGACCCCUCCUGCGCGACCACGUACGACAAGGGCGAGGGCUCUGUCUACGACUGCGCGAUCGUCAGGGGCGACGUCGCUGCCCACGUCGCCGCCCGCAUCGCCGCCCGGGCCGUGUUCGACGCGCCGUGGGAGACCCGCUGCGGCGCCCGGGCCACCAUCGGGACCGCCAAGCCGUGCAGCUUCGAAGCUAUCAAGGGCCCCGACCCUCUUAGCAAAAGGUUGAAGGCUCGCGCGGAUACGUUGAGAACCAGGAGGGGCAGGCUGCCCGUGCACCAGCGCGAGGGGUUCGACGCCCUCCAGGCCGUCGGCAUCGUCGACGCCCGCCCCGAGGUCGAGGGCCACCUCGCGGGCGCCGAGGAGGGCAGGGGCCGCAUCUUCCACGCGCGCGCGCCGCGCGCAGCGACGCAGGUCGACGUAGCCCACGCGCGCUGGGUCGUCGCGAUGGAGAUCGCCUUCCUGGGGCCGCGCAAGGUCCCCUUCCGAGCGAGGAGAGGGCCAGGUACCAGGGAAGGGCGCAGGGCUACAUACCGCGCGCCAUUUCAUGAAGGCGACGCCAGGGCGCACUUGCUUCAAGGAUCCCGAGGCGGGGUGUGGUAUCGCGUCAGCACGCUACUCAUCCGCUACACCGCCAUCGCCACCAACGACAAGGACACCCGCGCCAAAGGACAGCUCGGGAAGAGCAUCCAGGCGAAGCUCAACCAGCUCGACAGCGACGACGUCCACCAGGGCCACUUCUGCUCCAAGGUCGACCCCGUAGGCGUGAACGAGUGGAAGCUGCAGGUCGUCUCGCUGGACUUCUGCGACGAGGGGGGCCUCCACCGCAUCUGCGCCGCUGCCGAGCGCUGGGCCAGCAGCGCGAUGGCCAGGGCGGCGGGCCGAGCCCGCAAGCGCUUCCUCGACUGGGCCGAGCGGGCCUGGGAGGAGCCCCCCGGCAAGUUCCACCGCGUCGUGGUGGGCCCGAGCCCCCCGAAGGUCGAGACCAAGCUCGACGGGGCCGCCGUCGGCGAAC